UGCACUCUCCAGCUUUCCUCUCAUGCACUAACAAUAUUUCUCUCUCCUUCUUUUUCUCUCUAAAAUUCAAUUUCAGUGACAGAGACAACCAUGGUGGUUCUUUCUCAGGCAGCAUUAGAGGACUACACUCUUAUGAAAACAUGCAAGCCCACCGGCAGCAUGUUCAACGGAAUUCCAGUGGUGGACCUCUCAGACCCUGAGGCCAAGACCCUCGUAGUGAAGGCCUGUGAAUUUGGGGUCUUCAAGGUGGUCAAUCAUGGAGUUCCAAUGGAGUUCAUAACCAAGUUGGAAGCUGAAGCACUCAGGUUCUUCAACUUGCCCCAGUGUGAAAAGGAUAGGUCUGGCCCUCCCCAGCCAUUUGGCUAUGGCAACAAGAGAAUUGGCCCCAACGGUGACGUGGGUUGGAUUGAAUAUAUUCUCCUCCACACCAAUAAUCUCGAUGACAUCUCCCAGAAAUCAUUCUUCACUUUCCUGGAAAACCCAGAAAUGUUCCGGGCUGAUGUGGAUCAUUAUGUUUCAGCAGUGAAGAAGAUGGCUGGUGAAUUGUUGGAAUUGAUUGCUGAUGGGCUGGAGAUUGAGCCUAGGAAUAUGUUGAGCAGGCUUUUGAGGGAUGAGGAAAGUGACUCUUGUUUCAGAAUAAACCACUAUCCGCCAUGCUUAGACCUCCAAACAUUCAGUGGAAGAAACUUGAUUGGGUUUGGAGAGCACACAGACCCUCAGAUCAUUUCUGUCCUAAGAUCAAACAACACCUCAGGCCUGCAAAUCUGUCUGAGAGAUGGAACUUGGGUUUCAGUCCCACCUGAUCAGACCUCCUUUUUCAUCAAUGUCGGCGAUUCCUUUCAGGUAAUGACUAAUGGGAGGUUCAAGAGUGUGAAGCAUAGGGUUUUGGCUCACCAUUCAAAAUCAAGGCUUUCAAUGAUCUUCUUCGGAGGGCCACCUUUGAAUGAAAAGAUAGCACCUUUAGCCUCACUCAUGGCAGAAGGUGAGGAAAGCUUGUACAAAGAGUUCUCAUGGUGCGAAUACAAAAGGUCUGCCUAUAAGUCAAGGUUGGGUGAUCAUAGACUAGGUCUAUUUGAGAAAUCUGCCAGCCAAUGAUGCGCGCGGUCUAUUUCCCCUCGUUUAUGCAAAAGAUUAUGU